AGUACACUGAUUUGUUAGCUGUCUCUCUUUUCUCUCUCUUUUUUAUGUUCUUCUUCACAGUUCUACCUGGACUUUGGGAGUAAAUAGCCGCUUGUUCAUGAGCAUGUGAAGAGGUUCUACUGUUUCCUGUGUGUAUCAAGAAUGGUUCCCCACCCAAAGGACAUCCAAUUUGACACAACUGUGGGAAGCAUUGGAGUCAGCAUGGGCCAGCAUCCCUGUGGAAUGAUUUCAACACAUUGUUGACGGAUUGAGGCUAUCCUGAGGGCAAAGGGGGACGCAACUCAAUAUAAGGAAGGUAACUACAGCAGGACAGGCCAGCUACUAUGUGUCCUAGCAGAGGGAUCCAUUCCUCAAACUCAAACUGCCCAAAUAUUCUCUGCCUAAGGACCUGAUCUUGUGACGCCCAACACGUACUCGUUAGCUUGUUUACAACCCCAACCCAUAAGAUACAUCAUCGCUGCAGUGCCAGAGUGGAACCAGAAGGACCCACACAACCUGUACCUCUCCGACACUCUGGCCAUGGAGAAUGUCAAGACUACCCAGAUGCUGGACCUGUAUGAGGUAGCAGGUAUCAAAGGCAUGCUGGUCGCUGACAGGAGGCUAGACAACCAAGUGAAGAUCUACAUCACCUACAACAAGGGCCGUGAUUGGAGGUUCCUGCAGGCCCCGGCGACAGGCCUGGCUGGCAACAACACCCACUGUUUUCAGAAGUCUGAAAACCCCUGUCUGUCAGGCAGCAUAUCAACCAAGGCCUCAGCACCGGGAAUAAUAGUGGCCACAGGGAACAUUGAGUGUGAGCUGUCAAAUUGGAGGAGGAGCACAACGUCUGGUUUCUGUAUAAAGGAGAGGCCUUAGUCACUGUAUAACAAAAAAUACCGGGUCAGGGAACCAGAUCAUGAUGUGAGUAGGGACGAUGGAGGAAUGGAGGGAUGACAUGAGUAGUGAUGAGUGAUCUAGAGAUGGGGGGGAUGAUGUUAUUUUGUCCUCCAUUCAUUUGGGACACUGUUGUUAUUUUUGUGGGGGGGUGAUUCGUGGAGAAGGUAUGACGUGUUUAAUCUUUCUGUCGUCCAUUCUUUUGGGACUCUGUUCCCUUUGGUGAAAAGUAGGGAUGAUGUAAUUUGUGUCUCCUUCUUGUUCACUUGAGGACCCUGUUCCUCUUGGACAGAAGAAAUAAGGCGAUGGGAAGUAAAGAAUAUAGGGUGUGGGGGGAGGAAUUUCAAUUCAAUGAAUGCUAAUGUCCCGUCUUUAACAGACUUCUAAAUUGGAGAUUCAUAAGGGUUGUCAGUCUGUUAGCUUUGGAAUGACAUUUUUAAUGAGGAAGGUUCCAUUACUCAUAGACUUGAGGUAAUUGGUGAAAACUUGAGUCGCUGGCAACCCUUGUAGAGUUAUAUUAAAUUGUGUAACCAUGCAGUUGCAAUGGAGAAAUGUUUUUUGUUGUUUUGUUAUGAGGUAAUCUAACUUUGGUUUCUCAAUGUUUUUCGGACACUUCAGCCAUAGUUCCAAGUGGCAGCUUAUCAAGAUAGACUACAAGUCCAUUUUCAACAGGAAAUGUACAGAAGGAGAGUAUUAGACGUGGCACCUUCACAACAAGUUAACUUUUUAUGGCUGCGGGGGCAGUAUUGAGUAGCUUGGAUGAAAAGGUGCCCAUA